CGACUCUGUACAUUUAUGAAAAUGAUGGUCUGUGAACCUGAGUGUUUGAGAGGUUGGCAGAAUACGGCUACAAAUGUGUUGGGUGAUAAAAGAAGUUCUAUGUGUAAAAACAUUUUGCAUCAACGAUCAAUUUUAGGUCGUUGUAACACGUUCUGCUUAAAUACACCUCCUUUAUCAUUCACUUAUGGUAUGAAGAAUGUGAAGACGACAGGAGUUGCUGAUGGUAGUUAUAUAUUUAUCUUAAUUUUUAGCUCUCCACUGGUCUGACGAUACUAAUAUUCAUGGGAAAUCAAGCGACUAUAUGUAUUUAACACGCGAUUUCAUUGCUUUGAACUGUGAAAGCGUGAGACAAGGGGUUACGACAAGCAAAGAAAUGACGCACUUCAGAGCUCUGAAUGACAGGCUCCGACCAAAGCAAGCUAAACACAAGUCUGGAGGGGAAUCACCAAAGGCGUAUUUAAAUAUUACUCAUGGAGUAGCAAAUAAAGCUUCUACACCUAUUGAAGAGAUUAUUUCACACAAAUACCAAAGAGACUGGAUCGAUGCACAGAUGAAAAAAGCUGAGAGCAGGAGGAGAAAGUCAAAUGAAGCUAAGCAUAUGUCCAAAAAUAUUUAUCAAUCGAAUACAGAGGCAGCACUUCGAAGAAAUUGUAUGAAAAAAGAGAAAGAAGAAAGUUUUUGGAAGUUGAAAGAAUUUGAACGAAAGGCUGUUGGAAAGUUGGACACAUUUAGAAGUGAAGACUGUCGGAAACAAUCAUUGGAAAUGCACAAAAGCAGUAGAAUUUCACGUGCUGGACUAUUUGGUCAUGGGAUACAACGUACUGGAGAAUGUGCUUAAAACACUAUAUACUAUACUCUCCUAUAACACAAGACCACUACUUUUAAUUAGGCAACCGGAAUAUCAUACACUCUGUUGGAAAACUGCGAAUCGUUCAUCUUAAAGACAUAUGUGUUUUUAUGGAAAAUAUAAUCCCUACUAUGCAU